UUUAAAGCCAAGAUGCGGAUGCUAAACUAUCUGAACUAUAUUUUAAUCGCUGUGAUUGCUUUUGCGACUUGUGAGUCACAAAAACUCGAGGAAAUUGCAAUUGAUAGUUUGGAUUGCCGCGAAAAUACGUGCACGAAUUUGAAAUACCCUUCUGCUUCAGCAGUUGCCUACUUCUCAGAAAAUGUGACUAAACAUUUGAGAAAGUACGAAACUCUCGUUCUUCACAGCUCCGAUUUGGCCAAUUUGCCGAGAAAAAUCUUUUUGAACCUUCCUCAACUUGUGGAAUUCCAUGUAUUGGAGUGUGAGCUUCAGCAAAUUGAAAGUGUAUGUUUUGAUGGUGCCAAGAACUUGAAAAGAUUGAAUUUUGGAGGUAAUGCCCUGCGAGUUUUGGAUAGCAACACUUUUGAAUUGGCCACUCAACUGGAGGAACUCAACUUAUCGGACAAUCAAUUGGAGGAUCUGCCCACCACCAUAUUUCGACCCCUGAAGAACCUUCAGAAGAUCAACUUAUCCAACAAUCGGUUAAUCACUUUAUCCCAGCACAUCUUCUCACAACUGGGAUCGCUUAAAUCCAUCAAUGUGGACAGUAAUCAGCUAGUGGAACUGCCUGGUGAACUUUUCCGGGAUCAGCGGAAACAUUUGUCAGAAUUCUCAGCCCAAAGUAAUCAACUAGUGCGGAUUCCUUUCAAUAUAUUUCGUGAAAUAGAUCAUCUCUCGCUCUCGUUUAAUCCUCAACUCAGAAGACUCCAUCUAUCAGCUAAAAUCAAUGAGCUGGAGGCCACCAAUUGUGAUCUCGAGUCAGUGGAGUUGGAUGGUCGAGUGAUUGGUGUCCAAUUGGAGGCAAACCCAAAGCUGCAUGAGUUGAAGAUUUCGCAGCCCCAGGAUCUGGAGCAUCUUUACUUGGCCAAUACCAAUCUGUAUAGACUUGACUUUCUGUCCAAGGCCAGUAAGCUCGUUGACUUGGAUGUAACGGACAUUGUAAAUCUCGCGGAUUUACCCAAAAUUACCUCAGCCAAGGGAUUGGAAAGAUUGAGUUUUACCUACGACAACUUGACUUCGAAUCACAUGGACAUGUUGCCCCAUCUGAAGGAUCUCAACUACUUGGAGAUAAGUCACGAGAAGGGAAAGGAGAUCUUUAUCAAGGAUCUGGAUGAGGAUUUCUUUGUCGAGGAAGCGGAACUCAAUUGCGGCCAGUUGGCGGAUCUGUUGGAGUUCGUCGAACUGCCUAAGGACACAACCAUUUUGGAAGAUAGAUUAGUUGGAGAUCCUCGAGGGCCAAUGAGAUGUGGAAUGGCAUAGAAAAAUAAUCUAUUAAAUGGGAAAUAGUAUUAAAAUUCCUACUUAUUUAUACUAAUGAGAAAAUAUUAUAUAAAUGAAACUGCAU